AUUAAUGCCGGCACUGAACUGGCGAUGCGUUAUAACGACCAGAGUCCCCUAGAAAAUCAUCAUGCCUCAAUGGCGUUCGAUAUUUUGAGCCAAGAGGACACGAAUCCAUUCGCGCACUUGGAAAAAGCCACUUUUAAAAGAAUACGAGAAGGUAUCAUCAG